AUGGAGUUUAAACAGCACAGUAACCUUCGUCGGCGUGUUUUCAUGGUUGGAUUUAUUGCGUUUGUUCUCUCAGCCCCGGUGCCGGCGUUGGCCAUCGACAUCUUCACUAAGCCCGAGGUGAUAGUUAAGAACGGGACAGCGUGCGUGCUGCGCUGCACUUUCAAAUCCAACGAGGUGGUCAGUAGCUACAUCACCGCCGAUUGGAGCUUCCAGUCCAAUCAGCCCGACAACCAGUUCUUCAAGGCGCCCUACACGAUCUUUUAUUUUUUUGACGGAAAAGUGGUCGUGUCAUCCGAGUUUGAGGACCGGGUGCAGUUCAUUGGCGACAUUAACAAGAAGGACGUUUCCAUUCAGAUAAACCCGGUGCAGUUCGGUGACAAUGGCACAUACACCUGCGAGGUCAAGAAUCCGCCUGAUAUCUCUAGCACGCCGGCGCGAACAGAGUUGCGCGUGGUCCUGAGAGCCUCGGUGCCAGCGCUGGCCAUCGACAUCUACACCGAGCCCGAAGUGAUGGUGGAGAACGGGACAGCGUGCGUUCUGCGCUGCACUUUCAAAUCCAAUGAAGUGGUCAGCAGCUACAUCGCCGCCACCUGGUAUUUUCAGUCGAAUCAGCCCGACCACAAGUUCUUCAAGGAGCCUAACACGAUCUUUUAUUUUUACGGUGGGGGAUUGGGCCAGUCAUCGGAGGACUAUAAGGACCGGUUGCAGUUCAUCGGCGACAUUAACAAGAAGGACGUUUCCAUUCGGAUAAACCCGGUGCAGUUCGGUGACAAUGGCACAUACACCUGCGAGGUCAAGAAUCCGCCUGACAUCUCUGGCAAGCGGGCGCGAACCGAGUUGCGCGUGGUCCUGAAAGGUGCUCUUCCUCGGGCUAGCACACCCGUUAUCGUGGGGGCAGUGAUUGGAGUUCUACUGCUGCUGGUUCUCAUCCUGGUGGCCGUGUGCAUUGUGAUGAAGGUGAUUCACAGUCGCAACGAUUAUGAAGGCUGUAUAAACUUGGAAAACGCGUGCGCCCCUCCGCCGCAACCCAUAAAGAAGACGGAGCCCAAGCUGGAGGGCCCCCCCAGCACCAGCCCCCCGGGUCAAGCGCAGGGCCCGGUGAUAUACGUCCAGCUGGACCACUCGGGCAGCAAAAACUCCUUCCACAAGAUGGAGCCGGUGGUCUACGCCGACAUUCGCAAAAACUGA